CUGUAAACAUUGUCAAAUAAAUUAAAAACUUUUUGUUCGCGAUCUCUAAAAAGUAUUGCAUCUGACGUUCGUAGUAUAAUCUGUGCCGUGUUUGACAGUUGGAGUUCUCUUCGUUUAUUUUAAAACCAAAAAUGUAAUUCAAAAUCGUUUACCGCGUUGUCACAGAUAGAUUUAAUUAUAAAAGUGUGUUUUUAUGUUAAUUAUACUUUGUAAAUUGCAAUCGUAUCCAAUUAAUAUUGUUAAAAAAUGUGAUUACAACCUUCUUCGCGUUCUCCGUUAAAUGUAUUUAUUGACAUUUGUAACUUAAUCUUUGUUGCGUAUUAGUUACUAACCAGAAAUGUUUUUCAUAAGGAAAUAGUUAUUCCGCAAUUGAUUUUCGUUGAUCCCAACGCAAUGAAUCGGUAGUCUGGCUUUGUUAUUGCAAGAAGAUAGUUGUUACACGAUAAUGUCGCUUGUAGACGUCGGUGCUCACGUCGAGAUGGCCAUCCAAAAAUAUUGGAGAAGAAUGGACGGCUAUAUUAUUCUGGAUGAGAUUGGCUGUCCUGACACCGCUUUCAAUAUGGCGUCCAUAAACUCUAACGGUGAUCUGAAAAGUCCAGGUGAUCCAGAGAAAAAGGUCCCAGAGACCGACGCUGAGAAACAACCACUGUCAGGGAAGAAAGAAGAAAGAUGGUUUACAACGUUAAUGCAAGUGGCUGUACCCUUCUUCAUCGCAGGCGCAGGGACUAUCGGAGCCGGCUUAGUUCUCGGGAGUGUCAGAAACUGGGAAGUUUUUCAAAAUGUAUCAGCGAUCUUUGUAUUAGUGCCGUCCCUCUCUGGUUUAAAAGGUAAUUUGGACAUGUGCCUCGCAUCACGACUAUCAACGCAAGCAAAUCUCGGUAACAUGGAAACGCCACGGGAAGUCAUUUCUAUGGUUGUCGGAAACAUAUCACUAGUUCAGGUACAAGCAAUAGUAGCUGCUACGGUUGUCUCAAUGUUCGCUAUAGUGGUCAACGCAAUAACCGACCGAGCAUUCAACGGCAGUUUUGUGUUGCUUCUCAUCGCCUCUGCUGUCUUCACCGCGACAACAACGUGCUUCGUCUUAGAUUUCGUAAUGGUGUUAGUAAUCUUCGGAUCGCAGAAGUUUAAAGUGAAUCCAGACAAUGUGGCGACACCGCUGGCCGCGUCUAUCGGAGAUAUUGUGUCUAACUCAGUGCUUGCUGUCACCGCGCAAUACAUGUACGAUCAGAUAAAAAUAUCUCUAUGGCAACCGAUAGCUCUGAUGUGCGUGUACUACAGCUUGCUGCCUCUUUGGGUCUUCAUUGUAUGGAGGAACAAGUACACCAAGAAAGUGCUGAUGACUGGAUGGACUCCUGUGAUUUCUGCUCUCUUCAUCAGCGGUAUUGGUGGUAUAGUUCUGGACCAAGCUGUCGAGAAGUACCAAGGCUAUGAAGUGUUCCAGCCGAUUGUAAACGGUAUCGGAGGUAACCUGGUAUGCGUGCAGUCUUCGAGGCUGACCACGCAUCUCCAUCAGACGGCUAUCCUCGGCAUAUUGCCUGAGAACACCAGGAUAGUAGAAUGGCCAUGGAAGACGCUGUUCUUUGGAACUGCUGCAGCUAAAGUGGCUCGUAUGCUGUUAGUGCUGGCUCUUUGCGGGCAGGUCGUGUUCAUGAUAGUCGCAGACUUCAUCUAUCAAGGGCUCGUCAGUAUACAAUUUGCGUUCGGCUUGACAUACCUCUUGUGCUCCAUGCUGCAGGUUAUGGUGCUUUUAUAUUUGGCGUAUAUGCUGAUUCAUUUCAUGUGGAAGAGGAAGAAGGAUCCAGAUAAUGCAGCUAUCCCCUACUUGACGGCGCUCGGUGACCUCUUAGGGUCAGUGUUCCUAGGUCUUGCGUUUGUUAUUCUGUCUAUAUUCGGUCUGCAAUACGGAAAUAAUGUACCCGGUUAAAUAAAUAUCCAAAAUAAUGAGAUAUUCUUAAAGUUUUAAUGCUUCUAUUACGAGUGAUAGAUUGGAUUAUACCAAAGGAUAAAUGGUUUUUAAUAUUUUUUUAAAUUUAAGACUAAUAAAGGAAAAAUGUGUUUGACGUUUGGAAUUAUAGUGUUACCCUUACAGUAUUUUGUAGUUUUACAGUUUUUUUUUUAAUUUGUAAUUAAUUCAGUGCCAAUUAAAGGUAUAAAAUGAAAUAAUUGGACUUUGUUAAUCCGGUAUAUUCCUUUUAUUAUUGUGUUUUGGGAAUUUGGGGAAGGAUAAACCCUUUCCAUAUUUAUGGACGCUGCUACCUGUGAUAUAAAACCCAAAAAAAAUGUGGUUUAAUUAAAAAUUGCGUUUUUAUCUUCGACAUUGUAGACAAUAAAUGAUAUUAAAAAAUGACUCUCUGGUUUUUUGGUUUAUGUUUGUGACAGCUUGCGUUAAACCAUAGAUUAUAAAAAACGUUCCGUUCCACGCAAUCUGACUGAAAAACAACUUUGAAAUAGUGAUGUACUUUGUUCGCGCAUGACUUCAUAUCGAUUGUUAAUCGCCAAUUGUAGCAUUUAUAGUAAAUUAUGUAAAUAAUUUGUAUUUAUAUUUUUUUUAUUAAUAUAUCACAGUAUGGGGACGAUAUUUCGAUUGUAAAUGUGAUAGGAAAAUUUAAACAUCUUCCAUCAAUAAAAAUAUCGUUUUCAAAAUCGAUAAAUUUAGUUAUUUCCUUAUAUUGUACUAAAACCUCAAAAUAAUCAGUACAAAGUUCUUAUAUGAUUGUAAUUUAAAAUUCUUGAACCUCCCACUUCUUAAUAAUUAAGGUAUAAUAAGAUUCAAAAUUUAUAGAGGCUCGUGGUUAGCUGUUACUUCAUAUCUAAAUUACUGCGUUAUUUUAUGUACAUGUGAGCGAGUUUUAAGUUUGGAUAGAACAAUACUUGUGUUGUAUGACAAAUCUCGGUUUUGACUACGAUAUGUAUAUACAAAAGUUCUUAGUUUUAUGUUUAUAGACUUACGCUUAGUUUUAGCAAUUAGUUUUAGCUACGAGUACAAUAAAAGCAAUUUAGUAUUAAGAGGCCUAAAAUAAUUUAUUGUUAUAUUAUUUAGGUUUUAAUAACCAACUAAAAUGUAGCUAUUUUAGUGGAAUGAAUCAAAUUUGAAUGAAAUAACAUUGUUAAUCAUACUGUUAAAGAUAU